GUAUGGCGAGCACCUGUGAGCUGCCUCGCAGUGAAAAUAUCCCCGUAGACUCGGAUGUGCCCACAAACGCAGGAGACACCUCGAACACCAGCGACACCAGCACCAGUGAUACAAGUUCGGGUACCACACUGACUGCGGCUCAGCGGGCUCGUAUAGAGCGACAGCGGCAGAAGGCACGCGCCCUGCACGACGCGCGACUUAUUAAACUUCAUCCUGCCGUAAAAGAAGCAGUAUCCUCUUCAGUAGCCGGCACCCGCGCCCGCGACACAGGCGGCGGCUUCCUUCUAGAGGAAGAUGAGCCCGAGACCAAGAUCAAGAAGGUCCAAGCACCAGCUCCAGUGGUCCAUGAGAGUGAGCAGCCACACUGCUUGGAGUGUGACAAACCGUUCCCCAUGUCGUACCUGUUUGACACGUUCGACUACAGUGUGUGUGAUGAGUGCAAGAAUGAUGAGACCCACUCGCUGAUAACCCGCACGGAGGCCAAGACGGAGUUCCUGUUGAAAGACUGCGACCUCGACAAGCGGCCACCGCCGCUGCGCUGUAUAAGACGUCGCAACCCACACAAGGCUCACUACAGCGACAUGCGGCUCUAUCUGCGGGCUCAGGUGGAGGCACGCGCGCUAGAAGUCUGGGGCAGCGAGGAAGCCCUAGAGGCCGAACACGAAGCGCGCGAAAAACGCCGCGAAAAAGCCCAAGAGACCAGCACAAAGCGAAAACUGCGCGAACUUCGCAUGGCGGCCCGUUCGUCGCUCUUCGAAGGGAGGAAGGCCAUACAUGGUCAUACGCAUGAGUGGGGGGAAGAGACGUAUGACGAGGACAGCGAUAGUUAUAGUAGAGUGUGUAAGACGUGCGGACAUACUGAGACUUAUGAGAAGAUGUAGGUUUUAAUAGUUGUCAUAGUGU